GCAAAGAGCAAAGAGCAAAGAGCAAAGAGCAAAGAGCAAAGAGCAAAGAGCAAAGAGCAAAGAGCAAAGAGCAAAGAGCAAAGAGCAAAGAGCAAAGAGCAAAGAGCUUCCUUCUAGGUUUUGAGUUCUUACCUAGUUUUGCGUUCCAACUGCUGCCCUUCCUUCCUCCGAAUCCACCCAAGGAAAAAAAGACCCCUCAGUCAAAAGAUUCCUUCCUUCAGUGCCACACUCACACUACCACUACUAUUACCACUACUUACAUACUACUUACAUACUAUCUACAUACUACUUUAACUUACUCUCGCACUCACUCACACACAAACACAUUCUUUCUCAAACAUCAAUUGUAAGAAAAUCAUUUGCAAAAAAACCAGAGCUUUGAGCUUCAAUCUUUCUUGUAUCUUUGUUCCCAUUGAAAGAAUCACAUUAAGAGACAGCACCAGAACCACAAGCCAAAAAAAAAAAGAAAUUAACCCUCCCAUAUUAUUUUUAUUAAAUAAUUAUGCAAAAUUUUGCUAUCAAGAUUAUACAUUUUUAGAGAUUCCCGCUUUCCCCCUCCCCUCCAGAUACGAAACAACAGUGCGACGAUACUGUCCCUAUCUAUCUUAUCUACCUACCUACCUAUCUUCCUACCUACCCAUUAACCAUUACCACCCAUUAUCGAUUGUGAUCUGGUAAUGAUCGAGUCUACAUUGACGAUGCCUCCUCGUUCUUCGUUGACAUCAUCCUUUUCCGUUUCAGAUGCGAAUAAUGAAGUUGUUUGUCCACUGAGAAAUCAAGAUGGCUCCAGUUGUCGCAAACGUUGCCUCGGCGAAAAACGAUAUCGAUCCAUGCAAGAGCACAUUAGAAGAGCUCAUCCAGAACAUUACAUCUCAAAGCUUCCUGCGACCGAAGAAAGCUUUCAACUCAUGAUCAAUACCCCGCCCUCUGAGCGACCGCAACCGCAACCACAACCACCAACAACUGCCAACUCGGCUCCAACUCCAAAUAGUUUCACACACGAAAGACAGAAUUAUUAUGGCGAUCAUUCGAAUCAUUCGAGUGCCCCCAAUACUCCCAGAAUCGUGGACGAUAGUUCUAUGCUUCCAGCCGCUAGCGCUGCAGCAACUCUCGCACAGCUACACAAUCAUAAAUUGGAUAAUGAGUGGGAAUCCGAAGUGGAUUGGAUGUCAGAUCACGAAGCUCACAAACAAGCAAUGCGAGCUUCUAUAGAGCUUCCUCCAAUUCAUUCCAACAAUCGCGAACCAACUAGCGAUCCAUUUUCACAUUACAAUGUUCACCGUCGCAGAGAUCUUCUCCCUUCUAUACUAUCGCCCCCAGGACGAUCGUCUACUCUUCCUCCACUUCAAAGAAAUACAAGCACAGGUCGCCCUCGAAAACAAUCAGUGUCAAAGCGUGCUCGAGAGCCACAGCAUAGGAGGCAAAAAUCUCGUGGGGAACACACUCAUCUGCGACGCCUAAGUCAUGAUCGUAAAGCUCAAUCUGCCGAACCUUCAAGUGCCUUUUAUGGCAAGCGAUGGGAAGAUUUGAUUGAUGCUGCAACAUCAGCUACAGAAGAUGUAGAUGAUGAUAGAACACCGAUUCCUCCAUCCCCAGUUUCAGUGAAUCGUGCUUCAAUGCCUCCAUUUUCCGCAUCACAAUUUCAAGGAUAUCAGGCUUCGCCACUACAACAAGCACUCACUCCACCAUCGUAUCAUGCUGAAGCUCCAGAACCUUUUCCAUCAGUAGAAAGUGGUGGAAGUGGCGAUAAUUUCAAUAUUGGAUCACAGGGGCUCUCGGAUUCAUCGCCAAGCUUCUCUGCAAUAAAUAUACAAAUUUACUGUGCUGCUUGUCAGAACGUUUCUUUCCUGAAAGAAUCUUACGCAUGUACAGAAUGCAUAUGUGGUAUAUGCCAGCCGUGUGUCGAGGUUCUCAUGGCGGAGCAGGGAGCACGUAGGAAAUGUCCAAGAUGCGCUACCAUUGGAGGUCGAUUUAAACCUUUCCAAUUGGAUAUUCGUUAAGUCACUUGAUGAGAAAUAUUGGGUCUAAACAAAUUGGUAAGAAAGGAGUUGGUCAUUACGGGUCAUCAUAGACUGGAUUGGAAUUUUUGGAAGAGGGUAUAGGCGUUUUGAUUAUUCCCAGGGUAUCGAGGGUUACAAGACCACUCUUAUUAUGAUUUUGGGUAUAGGUCGCAUUACGAAGUUGUCUUUUGGCAUUUCGUACAAACGUGUUUAAUUUUGAGGCAUGCUUUUGUUGGGCUGAUGUUUAUAGUCGUAUCCAAAGAAAGAUUUUCUCAUUCAAUAUCUUGGACAGCUAUUGGGAAUUUAGCACCCAUCACUCCGACCAUUCACACAAUUGGUGAGUCUUGAUCGAGCUACUGGAUGAUUCCUAUCAACAAUCUGUUUUCUUCAUGAACUCGAACCCAAAGCUUAUGGGCAAGUUUCAAUCGCCGUUAGCUAUCACCAAUAUACACAAUUGGUAAGGUUUGUACGAUAGUGGUGGCUCAUGUCAGCUACUGUCUUCUCAGCAAGUUUCGGAAUCUUUUGAUGAGACUAGCAAAUUAUUGUUACGGGUGAAAUAAUCAGUUGUUUGGCGCAAAACACGUAAAGAUUGACGUUGAGGGUUACUUUACGAUUAUAACUACAAGCCAUGAAAAGCCCGAUUAGGACCCCAAAUAUUGAAACCCGAGCAUGAGCUGAGGCUCAGCGGUAUUGUUGAAGAAAUGGUGUAGAAAUAGUGUCUACAUUUGGUCAUGGUCUCCGACAAGGCUGUUCAAGACAAACAGCUGAACUGGAUGAUUGACCAAUUGAAGUUGACGAAAUCGGAAAAGCUGUACGACGAUGAUGCACGGGACAAUUAUCUGAGAUGGUGAUAGGGAUCGUGAUUGGUAGCUGACGUGAGGCAUUCCCGCGUCUAUGUAGGGGAGGUGGGUAAGGCCUGAAGAUAGCUGACCUAUUUGCUCGGUUUUGACCUGAUGUGAUGUGAGUUUUGGGGGAGGGUUAGUAGGGGCAUUUUCAAUAACGGCGGAAAACUUUUGGCAGACGAGAGAAGGAUUACUUGAAGAU